CGAAAAUGAUGUUCCUUGCAAGCGUGGGAGGGCGGCUGCUUGGAGGCAGCAAGAGCGACGACAAGAAGGACAGCAAGAAGAAGAAAGAUGACGAAGAUGCAGCCGAUGAGGAGGAGGCCAAGGCAGAGGGCAAGAAGGGCGGCGACGAGGGGGAUGAGGAGGCUGAGGAUGAGCUAACGCCUCCGCCCGAGAAGGUAAUACCGCUGGACCAGUUCUUUGCGCGUGUGGAAAAGAUCCAGGAGGGCUGGAAGAGACGGGGCGCCAGCGACCAGGAAGCGCAGCACUGGAGCUACCCACGGAGAUGGCAGGUGCGGACAUUCAUGUAUCACUGCAAUGCCCACAUCUGCAUGGUCCCUGUUUCUUUUGUGAAGGUGAAGAUAUGGGACAUGCGGAUAGAGAACCUCACUCAGGGGCCCCAGUAAGCAAUCAUAACGAAGCCUUGACUUAUUCAUGACCUUGCCUUGAUUUGAGCUCUAUGGAAACAGAGACCUCUUCUGCGACUUCACAUUCGGCGGCUACAGUGAAGGACUAAUAGUGGCUGACAACAAGAAGGAGCGUGUGUACGUGGCCGCUAACCCAGAGAGCCUCAGGAAGCAGUGCUUCGUGCGCACCAGUGUGCAGGAGGGCAUUGCUCCCGAGGAGACACGAGACUUCGACCUGCAGGAGAUCUUUGAGUAUCGGGCUUCCUACCUUGACCUCGAACUUGAGAAGGUCGUCGUGCAGGUGCGGCUUGGAACGAGUGAGGACUAUCACGCGUCUCUUUGCAUUUGUCAGCGCCCUUUUGUGUCUGUCUCGUGCGUGUCAGGUUUGGCAGUGGUAUCGGCGAGCGCUCAACAAGCUGGUUGGGACACUGGAGAAGUCGCUGGUGAAUUUCGCGCAGGGAACGGUGUAUUUCGAUGAGACAAUCAAGCAGAAGGUCAAGAGGGUGGGAAUGGUCGACGUCUGUCGGGUGAGCUUCCAGCUGUAUUUCCAAGAGAUCUAUGACUUCGAGCUGCUGUUCAACAACUGGAGCAUCGAGAAGAUCAUGCACCCCAACAAGGCACAGUGGAUGCUGCAAAGAACUAUUGACGAGAAAACAGGCGGCGGAGGACACAUCGGCGUGAGAUGGAUCGUGUCAGAGAUCAACCGCCAGCUGGACAAUUUGGCAGACAUGGAGAUGCUCCCAUUCGGCAAUCUCCGGAGGGCCAGCGUCGUUGAAGAGCGAGUGAGGCCGUACGAGCGUGGCUCACAAGAUCUGGAAAUGGGGGAGGACGAGCAGCAGGAGAAGUCUUCAUCGAAGGCGUCGUCUGAGGUCAAUUCCUCCGAUGUGGGCGAGAGAGAGCUGCCCCAUUUCAUCCCGACGACCAACACACUGGAGGCGGAGGAGCUGUGCAACCCGCGGCUGUACCUGGAGAUCCCCUCGCGGGAAGGCGUCAUGUACAGGAGCCCCAUGAACAAACUGGCUUGUACAAGCCCCAUGCAGAAGCGCACCAACAACCCUUCCUGGGACUCCAUUGGUGUUCUGUACUUCCGCGGCACGGCUGCCGAUCUGGAGAACUCUGCACUCAAUGUGCGCAAGUAAAGACACUGCACAAGCAGUGAGACACACAGUUUCCUUGUGCCUGCGGUUGUUUUUGUUUGUAUCAGGUCCGUGCAGUGGAUGAGCGGACCAAGCGGCUGAUCGGCAGUGCCUUCAUGCCGUUGAAAGGUGUGCUGGAGUCGGGCUAUGUCCGUCGCCAGCUAAAUGCGCCCCUUGCCCUGGCCAACAGGGCAGACUCCGAAGGGAUCGACGUCUCUUAGUGGUUCUUUGGUCUCGUACACGGCAAGGUGGGAAAGCACCAUGGGACACACUGCAACAAUAAGGCUUGUGCAUGUCGAUCUCUCGUGCAGGUACAGAUCCUGCACCAGCCUCGGUACCGUCAGGUUGGGGACGUGUUGGAGAUCAUUCCGGGCGCGUUUUAUCUGAUCGUCCGUGUUAUCGAGAUCGACCACUUGUAUACGCGAGACGACAGGGACCAGAUCGACUCGUGUGUACAAGUGACAUUCGAUGGUACCUCGCGCCACACCCGGCCCAUCAGGGGCUCGCUGAAGCCGGAGUACCAAGUGAGACCGACAUAGAUGGGAGGAGACCCGUUUUAUACCUGCGGCUGUUGUCCAGGACGAGCUUGCGUUUGCGAUCCGUCUGUCUCCAUACAAGAUUCGCGAGGGCGAGAGCAAGGGCGAGGAGCGAGUGGCCAUGUCGGAUGUCAAGGCAAAGGGGCCAAUCGCAUUCGAUGUCUGGGGAUUCGCAAACGAUAUCGAGGGUCAACCAACCAAUAAGCAAAGCAAAGGCCUGUGUAUGUGAAUUGCUGUGUCUGCGUCAGGCAGCGAUCAUUUGGGUGGUGUUGAGGUGCCUCUGUGGGAAAUACUGAGCGACAAGGACGGCAAGCCAUUUCCGGCCAAGGAGAAGAAAUGCCUCAAUGUGUAAGCAAGUAGACAAUUACAGGCCCGGGAUGCGAUCGUCAGUCAUUGAUUGAUUGGUUGCUUGUGUGCAGAGUGAGUGGCAAGGAGGAGGCGUACAAGGCGUAUGUGUGGUCGGGCCGCAAGGACCUCACGCUCACGUGGACACGGGAGAAACAGCCCAGACUUAAACUGCAAGUGAGACAUGAAGACGCGUGUCUCUCACAUGGUCAGAUGAGACUCUGCCUUGUUUGCGUUGGCAGAUUUGGACAAAGCCAAGCCUGAUUGACCUACUCGAUGCACCAUUGUAAGAUGUCUGGAUUCUCAGAAAUUACAUUUUUAUCUUUCCAUUUGGUGCAGACCUCGCACCGAAGCGGCUCACAGCUCGACGGACGGUCUUCCGAAAGCCAUUGCAAAGAACUUCACCAAACACAAGGCCAACUUUGACGCCAAGACGAGUGCCCAUCGUAUCAAUGAUCGCUUCUUUCCGUCCAUGGCCAUCGAUCAGCGGCAGCGGGAACACUUCCUGCCGACCUAUCUCACGGCCGUCACCCCACCAAAGGACCUCGACAACGAGAACGUCAUCGCAUACUUCAUACAAAACAUCCCUUUCUCAGCCGCCAGACCCCUCGACACAGUGGAGACAGACGGUGACGCGACUGGCAGACGGAGGAAACGGAAGCGGCUUGUGAUCACCAGCCCAGAUUUCUUCCUCAUGACCAAAGUCGGACCGCCAAUCGACCACUGCAUCCUCCACUGUAGCAUCCUCUUGGGCUAUCCCACGCCUGCAUACGUCUGUAUUGGGACGCUGUGGAACAGGCGGCCGCAUGCGUGGGUCAUGACAUGGCAUUCGGAGAGGCUCACUGUCAAGUAAGCCUUUCUGUGUCCAUUUUGCUUGAUUGAUGAAUACGUUUGUGUCGUCAGAUUUUGGGAGACGACACCUUUCACGACUUACAACCAGCCUCACCGAUUCUACGAUACGGAACGGGCGAAGAAGUAACCCUGCAGUCAAGGCCUGCAAUGGCGCACAUUCUUCUUCCUUGUCACUUGCUGCAGGCUGAUUGAGCAGAUAGAGGCAAGGCAGCCUUCUGCUCUCGACAAAUUUGUCCACGUAGACACACAAAACGUGAAUCUGUUUGGGCUUGCAUCCCUGCUGGUGCUUUUCCUCGUACAGGACAUGAAGACUCGGGAAAAGAGAAGGCAUCGAGAAGAAAAAAAAGGCGUAUGCACGUGAAGAGACAUCGGCACAACAUACGUUUAUGAUCUCUGUUUUUGUUUGUGGCUGCAGAGCGACGGAGAGACAAGGCCGUCAAACUCGACGAGGAGUCAUCCUUAUUCCCCGUGUAAGCCACACUGAAAACUCCAGACAAGACGAUCACAUGUCCCAUCUCCCUGUUCGCUGUCGAUCAGCACCAGUGGCGAUGGGGAGACGGACGGCGACAGUACGCAGAGGUCAUUUGAGGAGCAUGACCCUCUGCCCUACCGCAGUAUCGAUGUGGUCUUUGAUACCACCAACGUCUGGGCUAACCUGCAGCACCACAGCCCCGCCAAGAUCUACUAUGACCUGUGGAACGAUGUACGCUGAGAAAGAUCCACUGUAGCCUUCUGUCUCGACUUCACGGGUCCGUGCAACUGUGCAGGAGCUUUGGUAUCCGUUCCACAGGACGAAGGAGCCGCUGAGGCCGUUCUACUCUCCGAAGUCGCUCACCGCGGCCAAGGACCCCAACAAGGACGAGCGACGUCUGCGGCAGAUGGAGGACAUUCACGACAGGCUGCAGUAUGAAAUUGCCACACACCGCACCUCACUCAGCCUCAGCACCAAAUUCCACCGAGACGACAAGCUCGAGGCGUUCCUCCACAAGUGAGUGAGCCUGUAGGAGACAGCGACAAAUGUCUUAUGCGCGUCUUUUCUUCUAUCAGAGGUCUGAUGAUCUACGAGCAGCUGGAGAUUCGUGAGAGCUAUCAGGACUUGCAGUAUGCCAGGGCUCAGCUUAACGACUGGAAGUCGGUCAUGCAUACCAAGACGCCCGAGAAUCAUCGGCUGCUGAUGAGCUUCUUCCACUUCAACACGGUCAAGUCCACGACCAUCGCCCAGCGCGUCACCGAGCAGACGCCUUUUCUGGCCACAGUGAGGGAUCGCGGUGCUCGAUUCGCUAUUGGCGUUUUGAAGACGAGCCUGCCGGAAGGCAUGUCAUCCGUUUUUGUGGUGGUCGCCUGUGUGAGCCCCGUCACCCAGGAAGAGCGAGAUCGGGAGCUGCUGGAGAAAAGAGAGGUGACUGCUGGCCGAGUUUGGAUGCUGGAGAGCUGCGCCUAUGUAUGUGUUUGCAACUGUCUGUGUGUCAGCAAGAAGAGGAGCAGCGGCGGAGACAGAAGAUGGAGGAGACACAGACACGCAUGCUGGAGCAAAAGGCUGCCGAGACUGAGAAAGAGUCUGUGUCCGAGUCAGAGACACCCGCGGCUAUCGCUAACGGGCAGAUCGAGAGCGAGGAGGAGGAAAAAGGGGGCGAUGGGAUUCAAGAAGAAGGUGAGCCGAUUGAAGCAGGGGGAGAAGAUGAGAAUGCUGGAGACGAGGAAGCAAGCUACGCUGGGGAAGAACAAGAGGGGCACGGCGACCACGAAAUCACGAGGGAAGAACCGCCUACACACCGGGCUCCUCGAGCUGACAUCGCCGCUGCUACAGAUUGGCAGAAGCAAGAGGACGACGAGCUUGCCAUCACAACGGGAGUGACGACAGAAUACAAGACAAAACGGAGGAGAUCGCGGGAAAGAGAUCAAGUGGACGACGACCACAGAAGGUCGACCAUCGGCAGUACUCGUCUGAGGCCUCCUCCCCCUCCACAGGAUGAGAACGUCGCGAUCGAUCGCCCCGCCUUUCGCCAGUCAAUGCUCAUGUUCAUCAAUGUGGCCAAGAAGACAGGCGAUGACAUGCACGGUCCGAGCACGAAGGACGCCUGCAUUCACGUCAUGUCGCAAUCCCUCUGUCUCUUUUGACAGAGAUUAUUGCGAGCACGAGGCGUGAAAGCGCCAUGAUGCCAGAUCAGAGGUGGCAUUGGGAUAGUGAGGACGAGCCACAUGUUGUGGACCGGAAGCGGCGGGAAGAGGCGUGGCAACAAGCCUUCCACCGCUUCUCAGUCAUCGCACAGGGCGGGGCCGACCCUCUGGAGCACCAAGACAUGGGCCCACCUGGCCAGCCCGAAGACACGAGCGAUGAUGCCGAUGACGAGCAGGAGGAAGACAGACCUGCGUCAGCAGCCCCAUCAGUCACUGAUCUCCAGCCCGUCACACCACGGGAUGCUCACAGACGCACGCGGCCGUCGUUCUCAUUACCACGGGAGGACCAAGACGAGGAGCAGCCCACAUCUGCGUCUGCAAGGAGAUUCGAAGACAUUCGUUUCGGAGAUGACGAUGUGGAAGACGACAGUGAUGAGCCAGUGACGUCUCACCAUGUCCCAAUGCAAGCACAUCGACCCCAACGGGCAGUCAGCUUCAAGGACGAUGCAUAUCUAUCGGAAGAGGGAUCACUGUCUUCAACGAGCAUGCGACGCAGCAGUGGAGGCUCGCCAAAGGGCAUCUUGAAGCUGCCUUCUGUCACUGUCAAUAGGAAGGCAUGACCGAUCCGUGGAGUGAUGUGAGCGAUUUCAACCC